UUCCAAAAUACCACGCUGGUGUCCUAUUUGUGGCCUAAAUAUAAAUAUAAAAAUGAUGAAAAUGGCAAUGGCGAGCUCCUGCUGGGGUACGUUGCUUCUGGUUCUGUCGACAUCCAGUUCUUGCAGUUCUUUCAUCUUAUUUUUUUCAAGAUUUGCAGACGCAGUAAUCAAGCCAGGUGACACCAAUGCUCGCUGGUAUGCCGAUUUCUCGCUGCAACUGAACCUAACUGAAGUGACAAAUUUGCUGGAAUCUGAGGACGCUGCAGCACUACAAGAACCUUCUGUCGUGGAUCUAGGAUCGUCUUCAGCAGUUCGGUCAUUAAUUUCUCGAGAAAUCGCACCGCUCGCAAUUACUAAAAAGGUUAAGGCUACCUGUAAAAAUUCAUCUCUAUGCAUAGGAGUCGAUCCACCUUCACGAGCUGGUGUACGCGAUUGAUAUUCGCCUUGAUGCAUAUUCGAUACGGAUAAUUUGAAUGGGUUGGUCGUCUAAGAAGAGCUUGUUGCAAGUGCAUGCUGCCGUGUUUCAGGAGGAUGUGCGGGAGUAUUGGACGGGCCAGGGAUCAGGUGUGGGCUGUCUUCCUUUGGCACUCUUUCUCUCCUCCUCUCCCUUGGCGCUGCAGCAGCAACUGCUACAAGAGUGCCCCAUGCUGAUGGCCGCAGCGUAUUUGCUCAGUGCUGAAGUUCUCGCGUACACCCACGACGACCUUGGCAUAGCCGCGCACAAGUACGAGGUCGCGCGUUACCUGGGAGGAGAAAAUCCGGACCACACAGCGGCCUGGGCCUUCCCCUUUGGUUUGCGGCGCUUUGAGGCGGCCGCAAGGUUGAAGCGCAAGUCUGCAAAAGUGGAUGUCGUAAUUUCGCAUUGCCGAGAAGAUCUCCUAGAAUGGUUGCCGACACAGUUCGCGCCGCUCUUCGACCCGUCCUCCGAUCUGCCACCACAAUAUGUGACGCGAUUCCGAAUAUUUGUCUACCACAAGUGUGGGCCGCUGCCAGUCGAACAAGAGACUGCGCUUUUCAACAAAAUGGGACUCAAAGUUGACUCGGCUAGCGAAGUGAGAAAGAUGCGGGACAGCGACGCAGCAAAGCUCGAAGCGAUUCAGAAGGAGUAUCAGAAAGAGUCUUCUUCUCCCUCGAAAACGGCAGAACACCGAGAUGAUCCUAAAAGAUCUAAAACAAAACAUCAACCUGGUCCUCCAACACAUUUGCCUCCGCGGGUCGUGAAACUUUCUGCCGCUGGCGCACAUCUUGAAGUGGAAUUUUUCUUUCAGGAGUUGCGGAAUUAUGCCAUGGAGAGCCUCGGAUAUGCGACGCACUUAGCCGUAUACGAUGAUCACAGUUCUGACGUGCUUUUUUUCCUGCAGGGCGAACCGAUGCACCAUCAGGUUCCGCAGUUGCUGCAAGCUGCGGUAUCCAUGGUUCAAGCUGGCACGUUUUUGUCCUCUGGAAUUGGGUUCCUGCAUCUGAAUCAGAGACGCUUUCUUGGAAGUUCUCAUGAAUGCGUAUACGAACUCCUAGAGAAGAUGGGUUUUGGCGAGGUGCAAACCUUUGCAGGCUACUGCUGUUCGCAGUUUGUUGUCGCACGAGAGAACGUACUGGCACCCGAAGACAGUAGAAAGGAAGUAGAUGAAGAUGACAACCAUGAUUCAGUCAACAACAGCAACAACAACAUGAUAGGUACUUCUAGUACAACUAGUGCUUCGAAGAAGGACCAGAAGAGUGCCUACUCUUCCGUACUAGGUGACAUCGUGCGGAAUGUUGCAUCGGCUGAAGCGCAGGAAACGCGAGUCGAUGUCUACGCCUUACAGAGGUUGGAGGAAGCAGCGACGCAUGGUGGACCGCAGGACAAGGUGAUCACGAGUCUUCAGAAUGCAACAAGAAGUACUAGCACACAGCAAAACGCGUAUGGCUAUAGACAGGCAAGAAAACUUCUGAACCAAGAGAUCCGCAUAAAAUGCAGCCAAGAUACUGCGCACGACGCCCGACCCGGAAUUCAUACUUCGGCACUGUACUUAUGGAUGAUGGGAGGUAGUGCUUGUUGUUGUUCAUCAUGUCGUUAAGUGGGGUAGAAAUACAAAUAUUCCAGGUUAUGGGAUCAUCCUCUUAAGUGAACCCUCUAAGAAGGAAAAUCUAACAGGGAGAAAUGCAUCAAAUCAACUAACCCAACGACCAUAGUUGAUGAUGAGGCACUAUAUCACACUACCCAACGACCAUAGUUGAUGAUGAGGCACUACCUCUAAUGUACGAACACAUGUGGCAAGUCCUGUUCAAGCGCGAAGGUAUUCUUCCGAUGCGUAAGAACGACUUUACCCUUCCUUUUUUUAUGCGGAACGAAGGCGAGGACUCGGUAUUUGGAAAUUUCGUGCUGGAGAGCAUUGCAAGAAAAAGCUUCACCAAAAGCAUGUUUGCAUAAUUGUACAAGAUACUGAAGAUCUUGACUAUAAUCACCACAUCCGCAACAAAAUUAGUGAUUAGAAAAAUUAUUGUGGUUCUUGUUGACGACGCUGUGACUGCCUGAGAGAUCUGAGCCAUAGCUUUGGGAUAGGACAAAGACAUCCGCUCGUCGUGAUUUGCUGAUUUUUUUCGCGCCGCUAGGUGGCUAGUAUUAUCUUCUAUCAAGAAAAUCUUCAACGCAUAGCAAAUAUACCUAUAGCUGCUACAACUCGCUCUCAUCAUUGUGGAUGCCACAGGCUGCUGUGAGUACGUUCGUACGUUUCAUCAACCAAGAGAAAGAGUUGUUCCCUACAAAGACCAC